AUGGGCAACUCACAAUCAAGUGCGACAAAGGAAGAGACCCGCCGUGCCAAUCGGCUUUCCAAACCGUUGACCAGGAAGUUGGCUUCUCUGAGCUCACCUUCAUCGGCUCGUACAUCGAUAGACGGUCCAGAGUUGAAUACUGGGUUAAUUGGGUGGCAGAACCCAUGGGUCGGAUCGAAUAUCUCGACGGACGUCAGGAAUAGCCAUGGAAAGGCGAGAGAGAUCCCUCCAACCUUGUUUGAAGCUGAAACAGGUCCAUCGAACGAGGAAAAAGUGAUUGAGUCUCCAAUUCAGUCGCCAGUGGUCCAGGAUGAACCGCUUUCGCCGCUUUCCCCUCUUUCUAGCACCGUGUCUUCCAGACACUCUGUCCGGAGAGCAUCCUACCAACCCGGAACCUAUGGCGGUUCCUCGCAGCUAUCAUACGUGCCACAACAUCCUAGACGAGCCAACUCCGUCCAAACCACCCUCACUAGACACAACAGUGUGAUCUAUGAGAAUACAUACGAAGAUGCGACUUCCUCCAAUACGCACUUCUUGGUUGGCAACCAGCGCUUCUCCUUGACUCGCCGACGUUCUCUCUUGACUCGACCUGGCGUAGCUACAAGGCGAACAACUCCCGCCGCCAGUCGCGUACCACCUCCAAUUGGCGAACCUACGGAUCCUCUCGAUGAUCUAAACGACUCUGGAGUCUUACAAUGGCCAUUACCACCGCGCCAGAGACCAGAGCUUGCUGCGGCACCCCCGAUACGACCAACCAGUCCGCCAGACAGUAAAUACACGCAACUUGGAGCAUUAAAGUUGGGAUCUCUACGAGUUGUGAAUGGCUCUGCGUCUCCAUGCCCCAGCGAACGGGUUCCUCUCAAUCAGCCUGGUCUCGGCCUGGACAAUGUCGAUACUAUGGGCCGGAUCAAGUCUACCCUGGAGAUUCCCGCGGUACCUGACCUGAAGAAAUCCGACGACGUUCCAGGCAGUCCAUUCUCAUUCGAAAAGUCCCCCUCAGUCACAACUGCCCCGCCAUCAAAGUCGAUCUUCCCGAGCGAGUUGGAAGAUGAGGGAAUCGCCAUGUUCGAUGACAGCACCAGCCAUACGGACAAAGUUGCAGCAGACACCGGUCUGGAUCGAAGCACCACCCAUUCACUCAACAAGUCCGACAGCGGCUACAGCUCAGCAGCUUCCGUCAGCUCCUACCACCACAGCCGCUCACGCGCAUCGUUCGACUCGCAGACCUCCGGUUCCUGCACUGCAGACGGCCACGCCAAGACCGUCUGGGUCACUUGUGACCAGUCCCGCAGCCAUCACCGCCACGAAGAGAUUCAGCGGCAUUUCAGCCUGCAUGAAGCCAAGUACAAGACGGGGAACUACUCGCGGCUACAUCCCAAUUUUGAUCGCUGGUACGAUUCGAUCGGCCCAGGAACCGAGAAACCCCUUGCUGCCUUGCGAACUCGCCGAUCAACUCUGUGUGCUCCCCGAUACACCGAGUAUCCGGCGCAGAAGAUCGAGCUCGAUUCCGCGGUUUCCACGGGCGAAGUGGCCGUUCACGAAGAGCAGGUUUACUCUCGGGGGCGGUUGUAUGCGGAUCGCUGUUCGACCACCGCCGGACUUGAUGUUUCGCACAGCCUGAGCUCUUCCACGUCACUGGGGACGGACACACCGCCGAGCUACCAGCAGCGCGGGGGCAGCAGUGCCCGCAGCCAGAUGCACCGGUCUGCAUCGGAGCGCUACGUCGAUGUGAAAGGGAAACACGAAUUACCCGCGUAUCGAUCAAGAUCCCGAAGCCGCCCUGGCAGCCGGGUCUGGUCCCAGAAGCCUGGGAUCGAGAUCCCUCCUCUCCCCACGAUUAUGUCCCCGGAUAAUCUCUACGAGGAUGAAGUGGACAUUGACUUGUAUGCACCCGAGACUGUCCGUGGCCGGCCUCGCAGUCGGAGUCAGGACUUUCGCCGUCGCAAGUUGGUCAAGGCGCGUCCUCAGGCGGAAAUUCAUAUGUGA